CCAUAAUACAAACCAACACAGAUAUCCUCUUGACCCAAAGAAGAGAAAAAAAAAAAAAUGUUGAAGCCUCAAAUUCAACAUGCAUCACAAUCUACAAAAACCCUAAUUCCAUGGAGUACUAAGCCAAUCAUUUCGGGAGAAAUCUUAGCCUCUUUUCCUAUAAAUAUUUUAAAUAAAAAUAUUGGACAAAAUAAGAAGAAGAAUUUUAGGGUUCAUUAUAAUGCUGCAAAUAGCACCAAGGCAGUGCAUACUUCCACUGAGAAAUCCACAGGUGUGAAAGCAGUGGUGACUGUACAAAAAACAGUUAAUUUAGCUUUAUCAAGGGGACUUGAUGAUAUUGCUGAUUUGCUUGGUAAAUCACUCCUUUUGUGGAUUGUUGCUGCUGAGCUUGAUCCUAAGACUGGAAUAGAGAAGCCAAGCAUUAGGACAUAUGCACAUCGUGGACGAGAUGUGGAUGGUGACACACAUUAUGAGGCCGAUUUUGUAAUUCCUGAAGACUUUGGGGAGGUUGGAGCUGUUUUAGUAGAAAAUGAGCACCACAAGGAAAUGUAUGUGAAGAAUAUAGUAAUUGAUGGUUUUCCCCAUGGCAAAGUUAAUGUUACAUGCAACUCUUGGGUUCAUUCCAAAUUUGAUAAUCCUAUACACAGGAUUUUCUUCACCAAUAAGUCAUAUUUACCCUCUAAAACUCCAAGUGGGGUGAAGAAGUUAAGAGAGAGAGAACUUGUGAUACUAAGAGGUGAAGGAUUUGGAGAAAGAAAACAAUUCGAGAGGAUAUAUGACUAUGAUGUAUAUAAUGAUAUUGGAGAGCCUGAUCGUAAAGGUGAUGGUAAAAGACCAGUACUUGGUGGCAACAAAGAAUUACCUUAUCCUAGAAGGUGUAGAACUGGUCGACCAAGAAGCCAAAACGAUCCAGUAUCCGAAUCAAGGAGUACAUUUGUGUACAUACCAAGAGAUGAGGCAUUUUCAGAAGUGAAGAGCUUAACAUUCUCCGGCAACACUGUUCAUUCUGUCCUACACGCCGUUGUGCCGGCGUUGGAGUCCUUCGUCGAUCCUGACCUCGGAUUUUCCCAUUUUCCGGCCAUCGACUCGUUGUUCAACUUCGGCGUCGAUCUUCCAGGAAUUAACAAUAAAAUUGGCCUGAUGAAUGUCGUACCAAGGCUCAUUAAGGCUAUUUCUGAUACUCAAAAAGAUGUCUUGCUCUUUGAAGCCCCUGCAUUGCUUCAGAGGGACAAGUUUUCUUGGUUUAGAGAUGUGGAAUUUGCUCGCCAAACCUUAGCUGGUCUGAAUCCAUAUAGUAUACGGCUGGUUACGGAAUGGCCAUUGAAGAGCAAGCUAGACCCUAAGGUCUAUGGACCUCCAGAAUCAAAAAUCACAAAAGAGCUAAUUGAGCUAGAAAUUGGAGGAAUUAUGACUGUUGAAGAGGCAAUCCAACAAAAGAAGUUGUUCCUCCUAGAUUAUCAUGAUUUGUUGUUGCCAUAUGUCAACAAAGUGAAUGAACUCAAAGGGAAAGUGGUUUAUGGAUCAAGAAGUGUGUUCUUCUUGACAUCUGAUGGCACAUUGAGACCUUUGGCAAUUGAGCUAACUAGGCCACCAGUUGAUGAUAAACCUCAAUGGAAGGAAGUUUAUUGCCCAACUUGGCAUGCCACUGGUGAUUGGCUAUGGAAAUUAGCUAAAGCUCAUGUUCUAUCUCAUGACUCUGGUUAUCACCAACUAGUUAGUCACUGGCUAAGAACUCAUUGUUGUACAGAGCCAUACAUUAUAGCAACUAAUAGGCAACUAAGUGCAAUGCACCCAAUAUACAGAUUAUUGCAUCCUCACUUCAGAUACACAAUGGAGAUAAAUGCCUUAGCUAGAGAAGCACUUAUUAAUGCUGAUGGCAUUAUUGAGAGUUCAUUUUUCCCUGGCAAGUAUGCAUGUGAGUUGAGCGCUGUUGCUUAUGGUGUUCAAUGGAGAUUUGACCAGGAGGCACUCCCAGAAAACCUUAUUAGCAGGGGAAUGGCUGUGGAAGAUCCAAGUGCACCACAUGGCUUGAAACUAACAAUAGAAGAUUACCCUUUUGCCAAUGAUGGUUUAGUACUGUGGGACAUCCUUAAACAAUGGGUAACAGACUAUGUCAACCAUUAUUAUCCAGAAGCAAAUCUCAUUGAAUCUGACAAAGAAAUCCAAGCUUGGUGGUCAGAGAUCAAAAAUGUUGGCCAUGGUGACAAAAAAGAUGAGCCAUGGUGGCCAGAGUUGAAAACUCCAAAUGACUUAAUUAAAAUUAUCACAACAAUAGUUUGGGUAACUUCUGGCCAUCAUGCUGCUGUUAACUUUGGACAAUACGGCUACGCAGGCUAUUUUCCAAAUAGGCCAACAAUUGCUAGGUCAAAAAUGCCAACUGAGGAUCCAACACCCGAAGAAUGGGAGUGUUUCUUGAACAAACCUGAAGAGGCACUAUUAAAAUGUUUCCCUUCACAACUUCAGGCAACAAAAGUAAUGGCAAUUUUGGAUGUUUUAUCUAACCAUUCUCCAGAUGAAGAGUACAUUGGAGAAAAGAUUGAACCUUACUGGGCUGAAAAUCCAGUAAUUAACGCAGCGUUCGAAGUAUUUUCUGGGAAAUUGAAGGAGCUUGAAGGGAUUAUUGAUGCUAGAAAUGCUGAUCCUAAUUUGAUGAAUCGAAAUGGAGCUGGAGUUGUGCCUUAUGAAUUAUUGAAACCAUAUUCUGGUCCUGGGGUGACUGGAAAAGGUGUACCUUAUAGCAUUUCCAUUUGAUUUUCAAUUAAUGUUUGUCAAAGACAUGGAUUUUGUAAUAAGAUGCAAAUGAAAGAGGAAUAAUGCAAGCCAAAUGUGCUCUUCUUGUUUUGCAAA